AUGCCGCCCUCAACGCCCUCCACUAAGAUGACCUACCGCUUCCUCGGCAACUCGGGCCUGCUCGUGUCCAAGUUCGCGCUCGGCUCGUGGAUGUUCCAGGACGAGAAGAACACGGUGGACGCCUGGUACGAGAUGAUGAAGACAGCGUUCACCCGCGGGGGCAUCGACGACGGCGUCUGGAGCCGAGGGGACCUCGUGGUUACGGCCAAGAUCUUCAGCGGAACCAAGGGCUUCAACAAUGGCACCCCCAACAGCCAGGGGCUCAACCGCAAGCACCUGGUCGAGGGCACCCGAGCGUCCCUGGGCCGCAUGGGUCUUGACUACGUGGACGUGAUCUUCUGCCACCACCCCGACACCUUCACCCCCAUCGAGGAGACUGUCCGCGCGAUGAACCACAUCAUUGAGAAGGGGUGGGCGUUCUACUGGGGCACGAGCAACUGGUCCACGAGCGAGAUCACGGAAGCCUGUGAGGUCGCGGAUCGCCUGGGCUUGAUCCGUCCCAUCGUGGAGCAGUCGCAGUACAGCAUCUUCGAGCGGAAUCGCAUCGAGUUCGAGCUCGUGGACCUCUUCAAGAAGUACAAGUAUGGCGUCACGGCGUGGUCUCCGCUCGCCUUUGGCACCCUGACCGGCAAGUACAGCUCGGAUCUCCCCCAGGGCUCCCGCAUGUACACGGAAGAGAUGCGCAACGGGCUGUGGGGCACCAAUUUCGAGGAGAGAGUCAAGAAGGCGGAGGAGCUCAAGCCGAUCGCAAAGGAGCUGGGCUGCUCGCUGGCGCAGUUGGCUCUCGCCUGGUGCGUCACGAAUGAAAACGUGUCGACUGUGAUCGUCGGCGCCAGUCGCCAGUCUCAGCUGGUGGAAAACCUUGCGUCGCUGGAUGUCGUAGACAAGAUCACGCCCGAAGUGAAGGCCAAGAUCAACGCAGUUGUCAACUUUGUGCCGAGUCACCCCGUGCCCGACCGCCUGCGCGAAAUUCGCAAGCGCCACUUGUGA